AGCCUACACUUAAACAAUAAUCGCUACUUAAGAGACAUAUCAAGAUGAGUGCUCGAGCAAAGAAUAACACAAAGGGUGAAACCAGUUCCAAGAACGAAAGAAUUGCUAUUGUUUCCACUGACAGAUGUAAGCCAAAAAAGUGUAAGCAAGAAUGUAGAAAGAGUUGUCCCGUAGUCAAGACCGGGAAGUUGUGUAUUGAAGUCACUCCAGCAUCCAAGAUCGCUUUCAUUUCCGAAACUUUGUGUAUUGGUUGUGGUAUCUGUGUUAAGAAAUGUCCAUUUGACGCCAUCACUAUUAUCAACUUGCCAACUAACUUGGAAGGUGAAACUACCCAUAGAUACUCGGCCAACUCAUUCAAAUUGCAUAGAUUACCUACCCCAAGACCAGGUCAAGUUUUAGGUUUAGUUGGUACUAACGGUAUUGGUAAGUCCACCGCUUUAAAGAUUUUGGCUGGUAAGCAAAAACCAAACUUGGGUAAAUAUGACGAUCCACCUGAUUGGGAAGAUAUCUUGAGACACUUCAGAGGUUCUGAAUUGCAAAACUACUUCACUAAAGUGUUGGAAGAUGAUAUCAAGGCUAUUAUUAAACCACAAUAUGUGGAUAACAUUCCUCGUGCUUUAGCUAAGGCUGCUGUUAAGGACGUUGGUUCUAUCUUGAAGGCCAAGAAUGAAAAGCCAAAGGAUUUCGAUUAUAUUGUCAGAGUAUUGGAAUUGGGAGGUGUGCUUAACCGUGAAGUCGCCAACUUGUCUGGUGGGGAAUUACAAAGAUUUGCUCUUGGUAUGACCUGUGUGCAAAAGGCCAAUGUUUAUAUGUUUGAUGAACCAUCUUCUUAUUUGGAUGUCAAGCAAAGAUUGAGAGCUGCCGAAAUCAUUAGAUCCUUGUUGGAUCCAACCACCUAUGUCAUUUGUGUCGAGCACGAUUUGUCCGUGUUGGAUUACUUGUCCGAUUUCGUUUGUAUUUUGUAUGGUGCACCAUCCGUUUACGGUGUGGUUACUAUGCCUUCAUCUGUCAGAGAAGGUAUAAAUAUCUUUUUGGAUGGUCACAUUCCAACUGAAAACAUGAGAUUCAGAACUGAAUCCUUACAAUUCAGAUUGGCUGAUGCUGCUGAUGCCAACUUGGUCUUGGACAAGUCCAACUCCAUGCAAUACCCAGCCAUGCACAAGACUCAAGGUGAUUUCAAAUUGAGUGUCGAAGCCGGUAACUUCACCAACUCGGAAAUUUUGGUUAUGAUGGGUGAAAACGGUACUGGUAAGACCACCUUCUGUAAGUUGCUAGCUGGUGCUCUUGCUCCAGAUGGCGGUGAUGAAGAAAUUCCUAAGUUGAAUGUUUCUAUGAAGCCACAAAAGAUUGCUCCUAAGUUUGCCGGUACUGUUCGUCAAUUGUUCUUUAAGAAGAUUAGAGCUUCAUUCUUGCAUCCACAAUUCCAAACUGAUGUUGUUAAGCCAUUGAAGAUUGACGACAUUAUUGAUCAAGAAGUGCAAACAUUGUCUGGGGGUGAAUUGCAAAGAGUUGCUAUCGUUUUGUCGUUGGGUAUCCAAGCUGAUAUUUACUUGAUUGAUGAGCCUUCUGCUUACUUGGAUUCCGAACAACGUAUUAUCUGUUCCAAGGUUAUCAGAAGAUUUAUUUUACAUGCUAAAAAGACAGCCUUUAUUGUCGAGCACGAUUUCAUCAUGGCUACCUACUUAGCCGACAGAGUUAUUGUAUUUGAAGGUAAGCCAUCCAAGGAUGCUAUUGCCAAGGCUCCAGAAUCGUUAUUGACUGGUUGUAACCGUUUCUUGAAGAAUUUGAAUGUCACUUUUAGAAGAGAUCCAAACUCGUUCAGACCAAGAAUUAACAAGUUGGAUUCCCAAAUGGAUAAAGAGCAAAAGUUAUCAGGAAACUACUUCUUCUUGGAAAAUACCGAAUUAUAGAUUAUCCCCCCCCUCAUACUUCAUUUCAUGUUCUGGUGCAUUUGCAAUUGCGGAUGUUUCUGGGUUGUACAUUAAUUUAGCAUUACUUGCAGUUUACGGAUUAUAUAGAUUGAGGUUGAUUACAGUUUAGAGGAAAACACUAAUAGGUUGACUGGUUGAACUACUCCGAGUAUUCCAUUUCUUAUAGGAUAAUCGUUCAACGCAGCUACUCCACAACUUUAAAUUCAUACUAUAUAUAUAGUUAAUAUACCAUUAAAUAUUAUUAUGUUCAUCUGUG